GUGAGCGGGCUGAACUAUACAGGAGUUGUCUCGGCUCUCCAGUGCCCAGUUCUGCGUCCUCUGAGAGGAAGAGCUGCUGUAAUUGGUUUCUCAAUGAAGGAUCAUCAGCAGCUCCCCGGAGGCUUGGUGGACUGUAGCGCAGCGCUGCUCCAUCAAUCGUCCGUUUCCCGGAUUUGAACGCUGCUUUGCUCUUUUCUUCUGAAAUAAACAAGUGCGCAGUGAAGGGGACUGUCGGAGCAUCAUCACCCUGCGCGCUUUAGACGGGGAUCUUUUGUGAUCUCUUUUUUUCCUCCCCCAAACCUGCUAAACGAGUAUUGGGAGUUAAUCGUUCUGUCCACCUCGGGGAGAAUAUCGACAAAGUUUAACGCAGAUUUUCGCCAUGAGUGAUCUGGAGGACGACUUUGCCAAGAUCCUGCUGCUAAAGGAGGAGAGAAUAAGGGACUUGGAGAGGCGGCUUGCCGAUCGGGAAGACGAGAUUCAAGAACUGAAGAGAAAAUUACACAAAUGUCAGUCUGUUCUGCCAAGCGCUCAACUUAUUGGACCCAGGACCCGCAGGGCGCAGGGCAUCUCCGCGGAACCUCAAACGCACCAGGACCUGUCAAGGCAGGCGUUUCGAAAAUAUGCCAAGUCCGACUGGUCCAAGGAACUGAUAAAGGAGGCCAUCUUGGACAAUGACUUCAUGAAGAACCUGGAGCUGUCGCAGAUCCAAGAGAUCGUGGACUGCAUGUAUCCUGUCGAGUACGGGAAGGACAGCUGCAUCAUUAAGGAGGGCGAUGUAGGCUCGCUGGUGUACGUCAUGGAAGAUGGGAAGGUGGAGGUGACGAAGGAGAGCCUGAAGCUCUGCACCAUGGGGCCAGGAAAGGUGUUUGGAGAGCUGGCUAUUCUGUACAACUGCACCAGGACUGCUACUGUCAAGACUCUAACAAAUGUGAAAUUGUGGGCCAUUGACCGACAAUGUUUUCAGACGAUCAUGAUGAGGACGGGUUUAAUCAAGCACACAGAGUAUAUGGAGUUUCUGAAAAGCGUCCCCUCAUUCCACGGCCUACAGGAAGAUAUUCUGAGCAAGCUCGCUGAUGUCCUUGAGGAGACACAUUAUGAAGACGGAGAGUACAUCAUCAGACAGGGGGCCAGAGGAGACACCUUCUUCAUCAUCAGUAAAGGAAAGGUUAAUGUAACCAGAGAAGACUUGCCCAACGGAGAGCCUGUCUACCUCCGCAGCCUCGGAAAAGGAGACUGGUUUGGAGAGAAAGCACUGCAAGGGGAGGACAUCAGGACAGCCAGUGUCAUUGCUGCGGGCGCAGUCACCUGUCUAGUCAUCGAUCGAGAUUCAUUCAAGCACCUGAUUGGGAGUUUGGAGGAUGUAUCCAGCAAAGGCCAUGAGGAUGCUGAUGCCAAAGCCAAGUAUGAAGCAGAGAAUGCGUUUUUCUUCAAUCUAAACCUAGCUGACUUUAACAUCAUCGACACUCUGGGGGUUGGUGGCUUUGGACGCGUUGAGCUGGUUCAGCUCAAGAGUGAUGAGAACAAAACAUUUGCCAUGAAAAUCCUCAAGAAGCGGCACAUCGUCGACACGAGACAGCAAGAGCACAUUCGCUCAGAAAAGCUCAUCAUGCAAGAGGCCCACUCAGACUUCAUUGUUAGACUGUACAGAACCUUCAAGGACAGCAAAUACCUCUACAUGUUGAUGGAAGCAUGUUUAGGCGGAGAACUGUGGACCAUUCUUAGAGAUCGGGGUUCAUUUGAGGACUCGACCACCAGGUUUUACACAGCCUGUGUAGUUGAGGCUUUUGCUUACCUGCAUUCCAAAGGCAUUAUCUACAGAGACCUUAAACCAGAGAACCUUAUAUUGGACCACAGGGGUUAUGCCAAACUGGUGGACUUUGGCUUUGCCAAGAAGAUUGGGUUUGGGAAGAAAACGUGGACCUUCUGUGGGACACCAGAGUAUGUAGCACCAGAGAUCAUUCUGAACAAGGGCCACGACAUCUCAGCUGACUACUGGUCUCUAGGAAUCCUUAUGUUUGAGCUCUUAACUGGCAGUCCUCCAUUCUCUGGCCCUGAUCCUAUGAAAACCUACAACAUCAUCUUGAGAGGAAUCGACAUGAUUGAGUUUCCAAAGAAAAUUACCAAAAAUGCUGCCAACCUAAUCAAAAAGCUAUGCAGGGAUAAUCCUUCUGAAAGACUGGGAAACUUGAAAAACGGUGUCAAAGACAUCCAAAAGCACAAAUGGUUUGAGGGCUUUAACUGGGAAGGUUUGAAGAAGGGGACACUGACACCACCUAUUAUCCCUAAUGUCACAUCAGCAGUUGACACAAGUAAUUUUGACAGCUUCCCAGAGGACAAUGAAGACCCACCUCCUGAUGACAACUCCGGCUGGGACGUUGAUUUUUGAAGUCCUUCUCUUCUCUUGAAACCAGAAGAAACUCUUCUUUUGUUGGCUUUUAAUGGUUUGGAGGUCAUUAAUGGAGGACAUGGCUGUGUUGUAAAAAACAAAACUGCAUUAAAAAUGAAAGAGAAGAUAUGGAAAAGAAGAUUAAUAGUUGGAUGGCAAACCCUCUGGGUCACCGAUAUGCCUUUAUUUCACUGUGGCUCUGGAUCAAGCAUUUAUAACGGGACUGCUGUAGCACUUCUCCGGUGUUGUUUUACACUUGGGUCUAAAAGGCAAAGAAAGUGCAGGGAUACAAACACACACAUACACACACAAAUACAACAGAGGCUGAUAACGGAGCCAGGUUUUCCCAUGUAUCAUGAAGAGAUGCUUAGUGGAUGGAUGAAUGUUUUAAAGUUUGUCGAAGUUUUGCUUCGACGACUAGAAAAAGGAACUAUAUGUUGACAACCGCUCAAAAGAGGAAGGGGAUGGUUAUUGGUUUUUCUUUUUUUAUAGAUUCAUUUUUCCGCUAUAGUUAGUGAAAUAUUUGGUGGACUCUGGGAGGGGAUAUGAUGAUACUGCAGUUGGUCCCUGGUUAUCAACAUGCAGCUGCUUUCUGCAAUCUGUAAUGCUUUGUAGACAUCUACACACUACAGAUGGCAAGUGCAACUGGUACCAAGUGCUCACGACUAAUCUGAAUGUCACAGAUUUUUCUUCUUAUUGAAAAAACACAAUAUGAAUGGUACAUAGUAUUUGAAUUUACGAGAUCUGUUGUCACACAUGAACGUUACCGGGCUGAAAUCAAAUACUUAGUACAAUUUAUGUGAGAUUAAUCUACCUUGAAAAGCACAAACACAGUGCAUUCAGUGGAAAGAGAUGUGACUCUUAAAGUGCCCUCCUUAAAAUUUUAAUGAAUCACACACCGGCACACGUGAAAUGUCAGCUAGUAUUUCCAUGAAGCAAUGUGUCCUUAUGCACUUAAGACCAUUAACUGAGAAAAUCCACAGUUAUAGCUCAUUUUAAGCUUAAGUCGAGGUCACACUUUUCUGUUCUAUAAUAGGCUUUAAAAAAAAUCAUGCAUACGAAUGCUUCUCUGCCUACAUCCAUCUUCAGUUUGUUUUUCAGUCACUUCUUGAAUCCACCCAAACCGGAUGUCCUCUCCUGUAUAGUACUGACAUAACUGUGAACAUGGUUUUGAUGUCUUUGGUGCUGUUGAUAAAUUAUAAUAAGCGAUGUUGAGAUGACAGUACUGGUUCUUUGUUUUUGUAUUGUGAUUUCUUUUGUGCUUGAUUACUUUGUAACGUACUUGACAGCAUUCUUUAGAGAAAAUUGGAGACUUGUAUAAAUUUGUGAACUUGAUCGAUGAUUUAUCACUUGUGGUAUUGUCGAGGUUUUUAAACAGGUUUCACCAGUUUGAGUUCAGCCAUGGAAAAAAAAAAAUCAUCCUUCUGUUUAUUUGGAACUCAGAUUUACCACAUUUGCAUUAUCAUAAGACUAUCUUGACUUAACAUAAUCGUGUGGGAAUCUUGACGUGUCUCCUAGAGGCAAAAAGAAGCUAAAUAAAUAAGGUUAUAUUUUGUGAAAUCUCAACUUUGAUCACCAUGAUCUCUCGCCCAGCUCGUCACCUCUUGCGUCCAAAAAUCAGAACAUGAAGUCAAAAGGAAUGUAAGUGCCUUAAGUCAAUGGCAUACAAAAUUUACAUCACAAGACCUUUUCGAUGCUGCAUGAACACAUAUACACCUCAAAAACGUAUGUGUCCUCUUAGAUGGCUGCUUUUCAUCCUUUCUUAUAUCUAAUAAAUACAUUAAUCACCACAAAGAAUUUCUAGUCAUUUGAUGGCUGACAAAAUAUAUGAAAUAAAUUUCCUGCUUACGUCUUUGAUUUAUGUCACGGGAACAUUUAAAAUGAUUAAAAGCUAUCCUACCUGAUAUAGCUGCAAUGACAUGCUUUUCUCCACAUAUCUAAUGUGAUCCUUUGAAGUCAAUCACUACUGGCCUGAUACAAAACACCAGUGAGCAUUAACCAUGGCUCAGAAAGACCAUCCAUCACUUGUUUCAGUCAGUAAAUUUGAGCUUUUAGAGACGGCAAGAAUGAUUUGCAGUUAUGAAUAUUUUGCCAAUACAAAUAUGGAAAUAUUUUUAUCACUGUUGACAGUCUUUGACAGAAUGUCAGCAUUAAUCAUAUCUCAUCACGAUUCAAAUUCUCUUUUCACUGUUUGGCUCAAAAGCUCAAGUCACAUUUCACCCCACUAGCAGGAGAAGUUUGCCUUUCAAAAGCUUUCUUAUCCGUUGUAGUUUACGGUCAUUGUUUGCUUGUGUCUAGGCAGCAAAUCUAUGUGGUAAAGCUUGAAGAAACAGUUAAAAUUCAUCCUUUUGAUGAUAUUAAACAUGUAUUGCAAAGCCUUUCUAGGCAGAAAGUUCUGAAGGCAAAAUUCUCCUAUGUGCAUUCACCCCAGGAAGCCAAACAUACAUAUUAUAUGAAUCUAUUGAUGGAGAACUAAACACAAGAAGAAAUCUUAAUUCUAAACCAUAAGUGUUUUACUGUGUCGGGGGAGGGUGGGGCGGUAUGUUUUCACAAAGCCUUAUGUAUGUCAUAUCUUACCAAACCACUGGUUUUCAGUUUUUAUUGACUGCCUUCUGCAAAGUUACCUGAUAUUUGCCUUGUGUUGUUAUUUUUCUGCUGUAAGUUAUUUUGCAGAGUGCCACGUGUACGAUUUUUAAAAUUAUAGAGUAAAAACAA